CCGGCCACUGCACGGUGGGGUCCUCACUCCUGCUUGGGCUGCUCCCCAGUCCCCGCUCCGCCGCGCGUCCGCCGCCAUGGCCGCGUCCUACGCCGCGGCGAUGCGCCUCUCUCUCCCUCGUCUCCUCGAGGCCUCCGCCGCCACCGGCCCUGGCGGGGGCUUCACGCGAGCCGGCGCCGCGAGCAGGGAGCGGGGCUUCUGCGUGGCCGUCGAUGCUGGGUACAUGGCGUACGGCUUGCCGCUACUGCGCGGCCUGCCUGACGUGCGCCUCGCCCGCAACCCCGUGCAGCAGUGGCUGACGGCUGCUUCCUAUUAUGACUCUGCAAUAUUUGUUGGGGACUUUUCCUAUGAUGUUGAAUACAUGCUACACCAUCUGUUCAAGAGUCGAUAUCCAUCAGCUAAGAGUGCAAAACUUAUCUUUGACAAGCUUACUGGCAGACAAAAUGCAAUGCCUUUGUUCGCUUGGAGAUAUGUCAAUGAGCACGUACAAGCAAUAUCAGAAAUGAAUGGAGCAUGCUGUUCUACCAGGCCUACGUGGACUGGACCACAUAUAUACCAGCCAAGUUUUGUCCAGAACACACAAGGAACCGAUUCUUAUCUUGAUACAAACAAUUCAAAGCUGUUCAUUGGGUAUCUUGAUUUAAUGCAAGCCUUUAGUCCAUAUGGAGAUCUUGUUAAUGUCAAAGUACUAGCGGGGAAGGGCUGCGGCCUUGUCACAUACUCAAACAGGGCAUCGGCAGAGGAGGCCACGAGAAUGCUAAAAGGAAGCCAGAUGGGAGGUAACACUGCGAGACUUUCAUGGGCCCACCUUUCUGCUAACAAACAGGAUCAACAAAAUGGCUACUACGCUCGCCUCAAUUGCUUUGAUCCUUCUGGUUCUGGUUGGUCACUUCAGUUUGGCUCAGAAGGCUGUGGCUUUUUUCAGCUGGGAAACUUCAGCGAGGACAUGAUGAAUGAUGGUCAGAUUACCUUCAUGGGCGCCGGCCUUGUACUCAAACGAGGCUUUUCAGGGACUGCCAGUGGCAAUGGUGGUCUUGAGAAGAAAUUCUGGCAGUGGAUAGAGCAGAUGUAUUCAAAGCUGUUUUUGGAGAUGGCCUAUGAUCGUCCUACUGGGAGGAUGUCUAGGAUCUCCAUAUGUGCAGUGGCCUACAAUGCCAUAUGCCAAGCAUUCAAAGAUUUGUACGAUCUGUACCUUAUGUUGGUGUAUGUAGCUAGCAGGUACUCACCAGACAGCUGGGACGAGCCCUUGAGGGAUGCGAGGCCUUUUGGGGAGAGUAUCCUGCAACACAGUAGGGAGGAGAGGAGCCUGGACUUCAGAGGGGGGGUAGGAGUACCGCUUGUUAGCUUUAGAUUAGAAUACACGCUAAGACUAACAGCCAAACAUUGGAUCCCGCGAGGAAGUAGUGCUUUUGUUGGGUGGUCGCUUUGUACGAUGGACUGUUGUUGCUGUUCCUAUUCUAGAAACUCCGUUAUAAGUUUCGUUGUGCCUUGUGCCGGCUGACAUUUGCUUGUUAUCCUCACAUGGCCUAGGCUGUUAGCUUGAAUCAAGGUAGUAGCUUUAGCAGAUUGUGGGCGAUCUCCUGUGUCUGUUUCUAUCUCAUGUACUCUGAAAUUUCCAUUUAAAUCUAUGGAAUGAAAUUUUAUGGGGAUUA